AUGAGCGGACAGGUCAUCCAGCAGCAAAUUGUGGCUGGGCUCAAGUCUCGCCAUGAAGAAACUCGUCUCAAGGCUGCUCAGGAUCUCUACACUUAUGUGACGACUGACUUGCGAGAAGUUCCUCAAGAAGACUUCAAUGCUUUUCUUGAGCAUGUCUUUCAAGUUGUAUCUGAGAUGGUCAAUAGCUCUGAUCCAAAUGAGGUCAAAGGAGCCAUCCUUGCCAUCAUGAACCUGACAAGUGCAGAUGUGGUGAUCACCUCUCGCCUCAUGUCACGGUGUGCUCACAUCUUUCGAAACCUCUUACCCUCCAAUGAUCCAGGAGUAAUGGAACUGGCUGCUAAGGCUGUUGCCCGCUUUGCCCUGGUCAGUGGGACCUAUGAAUUUGGGAUAUAUGAAAUGGAGAGAGCAUUUGAGUGGUUGGCUGCUGAGAGACAUGAGGGAAAGCGCCUGGCUGCAGUGCUGGUCUUGCGGGAGUUGAGUGGUGUAAUGCCCACAUUCUUCUUCCAGCAAAUCAAUCAGUUUUUUGACUCCAUCUUUCACGCAGUACGUGAUCCCAAGCCACUCAUUCGAGAGACAGCUGUUGCUGCUCUCCGAUCAGCAUUACGAAUCACAUCACAGAGAGAGGGGAAAGAGGCUCUCCAGCCUACUUGUGGAGGUGGGAGGCUUCGCUUGCCUUCCUUUCCAUUGGUGAUGCGAGGUCAUGCAAAUCCCUUCCUCUCUCCAACUGCCCCAUUGAGUAUGUCUGGGAUAGACCUGUCACUGAAAAUGCAUCAGCCACGACUUCAUGAGAGCUCUGAAUGUCGGAGCCUCAUCUCAAAAAACUUCCAUCCCAUUACUACUCAAGUUCUGAAGCAGAAGGGAAGUCGGAGCCUCCAUGUUCAACUCAUCCUUCUUGCCCUACUUCCUCGACUGGCUGCUUUUAAUCCUCAGGGUUUCCUCUCCCAAUACCUCCAGGAGAGCAUGUCACAUGUGCUUCUUUGUGUGAGAAGGGAUAGAGAACGAAGCAAUGCUUUUCUUGCCAUGGGACUUCUAGCUGUUGCUAGCAAGGAUAACAUCCUCCCAUAUCUGCCCAAGAUCAUGGAUGUCCUUCGCUUCAGCAUUCUCUCCAAAGACAAGAAGAAGACCACUAUUGACCCCAGCAUGUUCACCUGUUUGUCACUAUUGGCCCGUGCUGUUGGAUCGCACUUGGAACUAGAGAUUAAGGAGCUUCUCAAUCCCAUGCUCUCAACAGGACUUUCUCCUCCUCUCACAGCUGCUCUCAGUGAGCUUGCCAUGCAGAUUCCACAGCUGAAGCAGGAGAUAGCUGAAAGUCUGCUUCGAGUGCUGUCACAAAUUCUGCAUGGCAAAGUGGGGAAGAAAACAGGUCACAGUCAUAGUUAUGUUGAUUCUCAGCCAGGGGACCCUGGGAGUAUUGUCCUUGCUCUCCAUACCCUUGGCACUUUUGACUUUGAGGUGCUUAUUGGUCUCUUUACAGGCCAUUCUCUGCUUCCAUUUGUGAAGCAUUGUGCUGAGGAAUACCUGCGAAGUGAGGAAAAAGAGGUGAGAAAAGAGGCAGUAUGGACAUGUUCUCAUCUUUUAGUGUCAGCAAUGGCAUCUGCAUCUAAGAAUCAUCACAUUGAAAGCCCAACCCUUCUUCUUACUGUCUCCAAUGUUCUCUCAUCUCUCCUCAAUGUUUCCAUCACUGAUCCUGAGCCAGAGAUUCGCCUUUGUGUUCUGGAAUGUCUGGAAGAAGAGUUUGAUAGUCACCUGGCCCAGGCUGAGAACCUUCAGGCAUUACUUUAUGCUGCCAAUGAUGAAGUGUUCCAAGUGAGGGAGCGUGCCAUCUGUGUUGUGGGACGGUUGUCAGAGAGGAACCCGGCAUAUGUCAUGCCAUCCCUUCGCAAGACAUUAUUGCAGCUCCUCACAGAGCUUGAGUACAGUGGAGUUGGUAGGAACAAAGAACAGAGUGCACACCUCCUAGGACAUCUGGUGGCAACUUCCUCCUACCUCCUUGAGCCUUACUUGAAUCCCAUCAUGAAGGUGUUGGUUGCCCAACUCAAGGACCCUGACCCAAAUCCAGGUGUUGUGGUCAAGGUUCUUCUUGCAAUUGGGGAGCAGGCCCAGGUGUCUGGAUUGGAGAUGAGAAAGUGGAUUGGAGAACUGUUGCCCCUUCUAUUGGAUCUACUUGUUGAUUCCAGUUCUCCUCAGAAAAGAGAAGUAGCUUUAUGGACUCUGGGUCAGGUUGUGGAAAGUACAGGAUUUGUUGUCCAGCCUUAUCAUUCACAUCCCCAAUUAUUGGAUAUCCUUCUGGAUCUCCUCAAAACUGAGCAAGCUCCAAAUAUCAGGAAAGAGACAAUUCGGGUCUUGGGUUUGCUUGGUGCUUUGGAUCCUUACGAGCAGAAGAUGUCCCGAGGGAUCAUCAGAGAUCAGCUUGCAGCUGAUGCCAUUCCAUAUGAAUCUGAAUCUGACAUUCAUCAAGAAAUGACAACCAGUGAACUUCUGGUGAGUAUGAACAUGACAGCAUCUUCACUGGAAGAAUUUUAUCCUGCUGUCACCAUUGUAAUGCUGAUGAAGAUUCUUCGAGACCCAUCAUUGUCACAGCAUCAUACCCUUGUUGUCCCAGCAGUGACCACAAUAUUCAAGAGCCUUGGAGUGAAAUGUGUUCCCUACAUCUCACAAGUCAUCCCUUGUCUUCUAAAUGUCAUUCGUACAGCCGAUGUUCCAUUUCGAGAUUUUCUUUUCAAGCAGCUUGCUACUCUUAUCACCGUUGUCAAGCAUCACAUUCGAAAUUACCUUGAGGACAUUUUCCAGCUUAUCAAGGUCUCGGAAUUUUGGACAGUGAACAGUCCUCUGCAGACAACAUUGAUCUUCUUGGUGGAACACAUGGCAGCUGCUCUUGGGUGUGAACUGAAGGUCUUUCUACCUCAGCUCAUCCCCCACAUCCUUCGUAUCCUCCUUCAUGAUGCCAGCCCUGGCAGGAAGGUCACCCUCAAGAUGUUGAAUGCAGUAAAGAAAUUUGGGAGCAGCCUUAGUGAGUACAUCCACAUGAUUUUACCUCCAAUCAUCCGACUAUUUGAUGCACCUGAUGUCCCCAUCCCUGUCCGACGCUGUGCCCUGGAAACAGUGGAUCAGCUUAGUGAUUCUUUGGAUUUCUCUGAUUAUGCUGUCAAGUUGAUCCAUCCUUUGGUUCGUACCAUGGACACAUGUGCUGAGCUGCGUAAUGCAGCUUUGGAUACACUGGCUGCCAUUGUUCUCCAACUGGGGAAAAAAUAUGAAGUGUUCAUUCCAAUGACUCAGAGGGUCCUGGCUAAGCACAAAAUCCAUCAUCAUCGCUAUGAGGUUCUCCUCUCCUGGGUGCUCAAAGGAGGCAUAAGCUGUUAUGAAGAGGAUGAUCCGGUUUUGUCCCGUCCUCGUACCAUGCAUCAACGCAUAAAGAAUCCAGAUGCAGUCAUGACGACCAUCAAGAAUAAGCUGAAUGUAAGCAGUCAGAACCUACAGAAGGCUUGGGAAGGGACCCAUCGUGUCUCAAAAGAUGAUUGGCUUGAAUGGCUGCGGCAGCUGAGCAUUAAGCUGCUGAAGGAAUCCUCAUCUCCUGCCCUGAGAUCAUGUUCUAAUCUGGCUCAGACAUAUAGUCAUCUUCUGAGGGAUCUCUUCAAUGCAGCAUUUGUGUCAUGUUGGACAGAAUUGCGAGAAGCACAUCAGAAGGCUCUGAUUCGGGCCCUUGAGGAGGCCCUCUUAGUACAGGACAUCCCUGAGGUGACUCAGACCAUCUUGAAUCUGGCUGAGUUCAUGGAACACUGUGAUAAGGGACCAUUACCAUUGGAUCCACAAGUGCUAGGUGAACGAGCCAUGGAAUGUCGGGCAUAUGCUAAGGCCCUGCAUUACAAGGAAGAUGAGUUUCACAAGGGCCCAACAACUGAGGUCAUUGGGGCUCUCAUUUCCAUCAAUCAGAUGCUCCAGCAAAAAGAAGCUGCUGCAGGAUUGCUGGAUUAUGCAAUGAAAAAUCUGAGCCAUGACCUAGAAGUCAAAGAGGAUUGGUAUGAGAAGUUGCAUGACUGGAAGGCAGCUUUGGCUGCAUAUGAAAAAAAUUUGCUUAUUGAUACCCAAAAUGAAAAUGCAAAGCUUGGACAGAUGAGAUGUCUUCAAGCUCUUGGGGAAUGGGGGAAACUAGGUGAGCUGGCAGGGACAUGGCAGGGUGACAUGGAGGAAAGUAUAGCUAGCAUGGCUGCUGCUGCAUCUUGGGGACUGAAGCAGUGGGAACCCAUGGAGAAAUAUGCUGGUCUCAUUCCCAAGGAAACACCCCAGGGAUCAUUCUUCAGGGCUGUCCUCUCCAUUCACAAGGGAGAUUUCUUGGAUGCUCAAAAAUGGAUUGAUUCUGCUCGAGAAUCUUUGGACACAGAGCUUACUUCCAUGGCUGGGGAGAGCUACCAGAGAGCCUAUUCAGCCAUGGUUUCUGUCCAGAUGCUGGCUGAACUUGAAGAGGUGAUCACAUAUAAACUUGUCCCACAGAGACAACCCUUCAUCAAGCGGAUGUGGUGGGAACGACUUCAGGGGUGUCAAAGAGUGGUAGAAGAUUGGCAAAAGAUUCUCCAAGUCCACAGUCUUGUCCUGAGCCCUUAUGAGGAACAAGAAGCAUGGCUGAAAUAUGCUUCUCUGUGUCGUAAGGCUGGGCAGCAGGGCCCAUCACAUAAAACUCUCAUCAUGCUCCUUGGCCAGGAUCCUUCAGAGGAUCCCAGUGAGCCUCUUCCAUUUGGCCCUUCACCUCAGGUCACAUAUGCAUAUGCUAAACACCUCUGGAUGGGGAAUCAGAAGGAUGUGGCAUUCAAGAAACUUCAAGAGUAUGUGAACCGCAUUCUGCAUCCACGAGUGAGCAACUUAAAUUCAGAGGACAUGGAGAAACAUUGUGAACUGAACAGCCUCCUUGCCAAAUGUUAUCUUCGGUUAGGGAUGUGGCAAGAAGAAUUAGAGGGGAUCACUGCUUCAUCCAUCCCAGCUGUCUUGCGUUAUUAUUCAGCUGCCACACAGCAUGAUCCCAAUUGGUAUAAAGCAUGGCAUGCCUGGGCAUGCAUGAACUUUGAGGCUGUGCUCCAUCAUGUAAAGGAGGAUCCCAUCCAGUGGAAGCCUUACUGUGUGGCUGCUGUUAUGGGCUUUUUCCGUUCUAUUUCCUUAGCUCAUGGAUCUUCUCUCCAGGAUACCUUGAGACUGUUGACUUUGUGCUUUGAUUAUGGGUAUCAUGAUGAAGUUCAUGAAGCUCUUGUUGAUGGGGUUCGAACCAUCAAUGUGGAUACUUGGCUUCAGGUCAUUCCACAGCUCAUUGCUCGAAUUGAUGUCCCCAGACCACUUGUUGCUCAACUUAUUCAACAGCUUCUCAUGGAUAUUGGUCGAGCUCAUCCACAAGCAUUGGUCUAUCCAUUGACUGUGGCUUCCAAAUCCUCUGUGUCUGCCAGACAGCUAGCUGCCAACAAGAUCCUCUCAAACAUGAAGGAGCAUUCCCCCAAUUUGGUACAGCAGGCUCUCAUGGUCAGCGAGGAGUUGAUCCGUGUAGCAAUCUUAUGGCAUGAGCUAUGGUAUGAAGGGUUGGAAGAAGCAUCUCGUCUGUAUUACACAGAAGGAAACAUCAAAGGAAUGUUUGCUACCCUAGAGCCUCUGCAUGCAAUGAUGGAGAAGGGACCACAGACUCUCAAGGAGACCUCCUUCUAUCAGGCUUAUGGAAGAGAAUUGAUGGAGGCACAUGAAUGGUGCAAGAAGUACCAGCGAACAGGAAACAUCCGGGAUUUGAACCAGGCUUGGGACCUUCAUUAUCAUGUCUUUCGUCGAAUUAGCAAGCAACUUCCUCAACUUACUAGUCUGGAGCUCCAAUAUGUAUCUCCAAAGUUAUUGGAGAGCAAGGACCUGGAGUUGGCUGUCCCUGGGACUUAUGUCCCUCACAAACCUGUUGUGCGCAUUGCCAAGGUCCAGCCCUCCCUCCAGGUCAUCACUUCCAAACAGAGGCCAAGAAAACUUGUCCUACAAGGAAGCAAUGGGAGAGAUUACAUGUUCUUGCUGAAAGGACACGAGGAUCUAAGGCAGGACGAACGAGUUAUGCAGCUCUUUGGUCUUGUCAAUACCAUGCUCCUCCAAGAACCUGAAACCCUGAGGAGAAACCUCACCAUUCAGAGAUACGCUGUAAUUCCACUAUCAACCAAUAGUGGACUCAUCUCCUGGGUCCCUCACUGUGACACACUUCAUGCACUGAUCCGGGAUUAUCGAGAGAAGAAAAAGAUCCUUCUCAACAUUGAGCAUCGCAUAAUGCUCAGAAUGGCACCAGACUAUGAUCACCUGAUGUUGAUGCAGAAGGUAGAAGUUUUUGAACAUGCCCUGGAUCACACAGCUGGAGAUGAUCUGGCUAGGUUGCUGUGGCUCAAAUCCCCAAGUUCUGAAGUGUGGUUUGACCAUCGUACCAAUUAUACUCGUUCCUUGGCUGUCAUGUCUAUGGUUGGUUACAUAUUAGGACUUGGAGACCGGCAAGUCUUCAUUCCUUUGCCCUUCAUCCUCAUCAUGUUCUUUCAGGUUAUGUCAAUGAUAAGAGUUUGUUCUUCACAUAGUCAUCCAAGCAACCUCAUGUUGGACCGCAAGAGUGGGAAGGUGCUCCAUAUUGACUUUGGUGACUGCUUUGAAGUGGCCAUGACACGAGAGAAGUUUCCAGAGAAGAUCCCAUUCCGUCUCACACGCAUGCUCAUCAAUGCAAUGGAGGUCACGGGAAUUGAGGGGACAUAUCGCAUGACUUGUGAGAGUGUGAUGAGGGUCUUGCGCAAGAAUCGAGAUAGUGUCAUGGCUGUCCUUGAGGCCUUUGUCUAUGAUCCUUUACUCAAUUGGCGACUGGUUGAGAACAUCCAAGGAAAGAAAGGGAAUCGAUCCAGCAAGAGUGGGAGUGGAAGUGACAAGGAAGAGAAAGAAGGUGGUGAGGAGAGGGGUGGAGAUGGGGACAGAGGAGAUGUUCCCCCACCAGAAGGAGAGAUGAUAUUGAACAAGAAGGCAGUGGGGAUCAUCAAUCGUGUGAAGGAGAAACUCACAGGUAGGGAUUUCAAUGGAGAUGAUGUCCUGCCUGUUGAAGAACAGGUCCAGCUCCUUAUCAUGCAAGCCACUUCCCAUGAAAACCUGUGCCAGUGCUACAUUGGAUGGUGAGAACCCUUGGGACACCAGUCCUCUAUCCCUCAUUGUUUUCAUAAGCCAUUUCAGGGGAUGGUGGGGAAUAAGUCAAAGGGUAAAUGUAUAGUGUCUUAGAUUGUGAUAAUAUUUUAGUGUUAUUAUCUGUUAGGGUUUCUAAUGAUGGUUGUGUAAUACUCCUAUUGUUUCUUCACAAGUCCAAGAAAUACUCUAUAAUACUUGACCAAGCAUUAGUAUUAGCACUAGUUAAUGCUGGAUCAGGAUCUUUAUUUUUUGCUAAGUAUUUCGUCAUACCAUACAAGCUGUCCCAAAAGUCAUUGGACUCAAGGAAAAAGAAUUUUGCUGUUUUCUUCUGCAGGUAAUUUCUUGAAAUACAAAUAUGACCACUGUUUUUAUGUAUGCAAUAAUUUUCAAUCCUGUUUGAUUGUCUAUUCAGCAGCCAUUUUGUGCUUAACCUAUUUUCGGACAAUUUUCUGUGGGGACACUUCAAAUGAGUUGUGUGCAGACAUUGGCCCCAUACAUUGCAGCAGUUAAAAGCGGCAGCCAGGAUUUAUGAUUCUUGCAACUAGGGAAGGAAGUAUGAAUGCCAGAAGGUAUCUGCUGAGGGAACAUUCUGAGCCCUUGAAGUGAAUACCUUCUGGUCCCUCCCUUAUACAGGGUGACCCAAAAAAUCUUGGUCCCUAAGGCUAUCAAGGAAAUUUACAGUACCACUAGAUGAAAUCAAUUCCUGGUGAACUUUUUUGUGAUUUUUACUGGGAGUCCAUUCCAAGCUUGAAUGACCGUUUACAUCAGUGAGCAACCUUUUUUGACUGUGGGCCGC